AUGAGUGUCAUCGCACAAGCUACUGUUAUCCUUAACUGCAUGAACGUGGCUAACUGUCGUUUACAAAAUACAUCUAUUGCUGGCAUUCGUCCUAAUAAUCAGGUGGAUAUGACUAUCUUAGCUACUGAUGAGCUCUUUGUUUAUGUUGAUGGGGCUUUUGCAGCUGCUACUAAUUCUAAGUGUUGUGGAGGUCUAGUUAAGAAUACCAAAGGGAAUAUCAUUGAAGCUUUCAUGCUUCAUUUAGAGAAGGGGGAUAAUCUGACGGUAGAAUUAUGGGCUUGUUAUAUGGGUCUAAAGCGUGCUUGGGAUUUCAAAACCAAGCAUGUAAGAAUCCAUAGUGAUUGUCAUGAAGCACUGUCUCUGUUAAGAGCCAAUAAUUACGACCUUCAUGAAGACCGAGAGCUUAUUGCUGAAAUUCAACAAAUACUUCAAAGAGACUGGCAGGUUGAUAUGAGAUGCAUUGGAAGGGAGUUCAACUUCAGAAGCUGA